UGUCAAUUUUCUGUCAAACACAUUCCUACGUAGUGCGAACGAAACAUCUGUAAAGUAUCUCUCGCUGUGAAUAAAGCAAUUAUUCUUCAAAAUGUUAGACUUAUUCAGCAUCUUUAGUAAAGGAGGUAUAGUGCUAUGGUGUUUCCAGAGCACGAGCGAAAUUUUUUCCCCGUCUGUGAACGCUCUGAUUCGUAGUGUGAUAUUACAAGAGCGUACAGGCAACAACACUUUUAACCAUAAUGCCUUAUCACUACAAUACAAACUUGACAAUGAGUUUGAGCUGGUUUUUGUGGUGGCUUACCAGCGCAUUCUGCAGCUAUCAUAUGUGGACAAGUUCCUCAAUGAUGUGCAUUUGGAGUUUAGGGACAAGUACAAGAAUGAGCUCCAAGGAGGGCGGCAUAUCAUGGACUUUGACUUCAAAACCUCAUUUGAUAAAGUCCUGCGGGAUUGCGAAAAAUGGGCAAAAUCACAACCUAAAAUUCAGAUGAGAUCAUUCGAAGACUCACAAAAGUCCAAAAAGACUGUUGCUUCAAUGAUUGAACGUAAGGGAGAAGAGAAAUCAAAGAAAUCAGUGAAAAUCGUGGAGAACAAGAACCUGACGAAUGGCAAGGUGGAGGAAUCACCGGAGGCCGAAGAUGACGUCAUCGCUCUGAACAGAGCUAAGUUAGCUCAGAAACUCGCUUCUAAGGGAAAGAAGGAACUGCCUAAGAAGUCCCCGAAGUCCCCGAAGGUGGAGCGCGUGAAGCAGCCGCGCGUGUGGGAGCUCGGGGGCGGCGCCCGCGACCUGCCCAACCUCGACCGCGGCACCGACAGGCCUGGCGACACGCCCGACAUCACGCCCGACACACAGUUGAUCGGUCAAAUGACCGGCGCUAUCCGUGACUUGGAAGUGGAAUCAGAAGAGAGCAGCAGCGAGGAUGAAGUGGAACAGUCUGCGCAGCCAGCCGCCAAGAAGUCUGGUGGCAUGUUCAGCAUAUUUAAGGGUCUGGUAGGCUCUAAGGCCCUGACGGAAGAGUCGAUGCGACCGGUACUCGACAAGCUGCAAGACCAUCUGAUCGGCAAGAAUGUCGCCGCCGACAUCGCUAACAAACUGUGCGAUUCUGUUGCUACUAAGUUGGAAGGAAAGGUGCUAGGCACAUUCGACAGCGUGGCUAAGACAGUGAAGGCGACACUCACAGAGUCACUCGUGCAGAUCCUGUCUCCCAAGCGCCGCGUGGACAUCCUGCGCGACUGUAUGCACGCUAAGGAGCAGGGCAGACCUUAUGUCGCUGCUUUUUGUGGGGUAAACGGCGUAGGCAAAUCGACAAACUUAGCAAAGAUUUGCUUCUGGCUGAUCGAGAACGACAUGUCGGUACUGAUCGCCGCCUGCGACACGUUCCGCGCCGGCGCCGUCGAGCAGCUGCGGACACACACGCGCCAUCUCAACGCGCUGCAUCCCGAGGCCAGGCAUCACGGCAGGAAGAUGGUGCAGCUGUACGAGAAGGGAUAUGGCAAAGACGCAGCCGGCAUCGCAAUGGAAGCUAUUCGAUACGCAAACGAUUCUAAAAUCGAUGUCGUCCUAAUCGAUACCGCCGGCAGAAUGCAGGACAACGAACCUCUUAUGAGAGCUUUGGCCAAACUCAUCAAGGUCAAUGAACCCGACAUGGUUUUAUUCGUCGGCGAAGCUUUAGUAGGCAAUGAGGCCGUUGACCAACUAGUUAAAUUUAACCAAGCGUUGGCCGACCACAGUUCAUCGACUAACCCUCAUGUUAUCGAUGGAAUAGUGCUGACGAAAUUCGAUACUAUUGACGAUAAGGUGGGGGCCGCUAUAUCGAUGACGUAUAUUACGGGGCAGCCGAUUGUUUUCGUAGGAACGGGACAAACUUAUACUGAUUUGAAAGCCUUGAAUGCCAAAGCUGUGGUUCAUGCGCUUAUGAAGUAAUUUGGAAAGCUGUGUGUGGACUAUUUUUGGAGUCUAAGUUUAUAUAAGAUACUAUCUGAACGCAUUCUUGGUAUGUGGAAUGAUAAGCAUUCUUACCUCCUUUAGAACUAUUGAAUACCUAUCACUGCCUUGAAGAAUUUCCUAAAUAUCUAUGAGCAUGUUCAUAAUAAAAAUUAAUCUUCUUUUUAGCCAGAUUUUUUUGCUCUAUUGGAUGCGAUAUUUUUCUGUCCCAUUUCAAGUAUGAGAGUGAGUAGACAAGUAAUAUCAUUCCUAUCUCACCACACAAAUAUUUCUAUUAUAUUAACCGACUUCAUAAAAGGAGAAUGUUCAAAGUAUUUUUUUCGUCUCAACGUAUUUAUAUCGCAUCUUAGAAAAUGGAUGACAAAAGCAGUCUACACAGAGUUUUCUUUUAUAAAAGGUACAUUAUGAAUACAUAUUAUUAUAUUAUGAUGAAUAAUUUUAUUGAUGUUUAAUGAAUUUCUCCCAACGUUCAAUCAAUGUGGUGUUAUGUUCACAAAUAAAUGUUUUAUUUUCUUA